AUGAGUUGCGAUGACAAUUAGCUUGAUGCAUCUAGCAUAUCCAUUAUCAAGAAGUUCUUAAAUUCUGAACUUCUUGAUGAAUCUGAAUUUGAAUUAGAACAAACAAAUCAAAAAAACAAAAAACCUUAAUAGUUCAACUUAAAUUAAAUGCUUGAAUAAAGAAAAGGUAGAAACUGUGAAAAAAAAUAAUAAGAAUCCCAAGAAAAUCAAGAUCUAAAUUAUCUAAUUAAUGAAUUAAGAUUAGAAUAACAGAAUUUUUAGGCUGAAUUAGAACAUAUACAAAAUUAAUUUAUUUAAGAAAUAAACUUUUUAAUGCAAAAGGUUUUUGAUUAAAAUAAGCUGUUUUAUAAAUAAUAAGAAUAUCAAUUGAAUUUAAUCUAAUAAAAGAGAUUAAAAUUAUAAGUUUAAUCUCCUUAAUAAUCAUAUUCAUUAUUGUAUCAAAUGAAUCCAAAUUUAUAAUUAUACUAGAAAUUUAAUAAAGACAUUAAAAAUAGUUUAGUCAAAUUGUUACAAAAUAUCAAAACAACAAAAAUAUAUUAAGAAACAUUUAAUCUAUAAGAUUAGUAAUAUCAAUCCUAAACAUCAAGAUCUCCUCUUGCUUAAUUAAAUAAAUUAUUUUCUAGAUAAACAUCAAUUGAAAAAAAAUAACCAUUUACUAACAGAAUAAAUAAUACAAAUUUGAAACUUAAUUUAGUAAUGCCAAUGAAAAGAGAUACACAAUCUUUUUGGAAUCAACCUAGUGAAAGAAAAUGUAGUAUUACUUCCAAAUUAAGUUCUAGUCCUUAUGAAAAAAGAGAUAAAUGCUUAGUUUAAUAAGCUUUAUAUAAAUAAUCAUCUGAUUUCUUGAAAUUUAGAUGUUGA